CGGAGGUCUGUAUAUAAAGAUCCGUCAUCUGCAGCUGAAGGCAUUCCUUCUGUACCCGUGAGGUCAUCGAUAUGAUUACUUCAUAUUUCAUUUGUUUGUCAUUUCUAUUGAUUGCCACCGAUGGCGUGCUCAGCAAGCCGCAGUACUUGUUCAGCUACGAGGCGGAGGGCUGGCUGAAGCUGCACAAGUUCCCGACCACCUGGGAACAAGCCUUCCUCAGAUGUCACUACGAGGGAGCGGUGUUGGCGUCUCCACUAGACGCGGGGCUAGUGAAUGCUCUUCGCUUAAAAAUGGUUCGAAACAGAGUUAACGGUCCGAUCUUCUUGGGAGCACACAACUUGCACUCUGGUGAUGACUUUGUUUCGAUACAAGGAGUGCCGUUGUCUGACAUGGAAAUAAACUGGGCUCCACAGACAUACCCAGAUGUAUCAGGGCUCUGCCUGACUAUGGCCGUCAAUGGAUCCUCACAUUACAUGAAUGUCACUUCAUGUAAGGACUCGCUUCCCUACAUAUGCUAUAGGAAGUUCGAGGAUAGAACCAUGAACGAAUGUGGCACCUUUGACGACGCAUAUCACCUCAAUAAGCGCACAGGCAGCUGCUACAAGGUCCACUUUGAUGAGAAAACUUGGUACCAUGCGUAUGAGGUAUGCGCUGCUGAGGGGGGCCACUUGGUCGUCAUCAACAACAAAGAAGAGGCUCUCGUCAUCAAAGACAUGUUCCCAGCUCGUCCCAGUGACAAGAGUGACAGAUGGGAGAAAUUUCACAUCGGCAUGCGAGCAUAUGGUGGAGACCACCGUACAUGGGUGACGCUUAACGGUGAUAGACUAGAAGAUGUGUUUAACGACUGGGAUCCCGGACAGCCAGAUAAUAGGGGAGGCAAUGACAAUUACGCAGCUAUUAUUCGACCUGGGACUCUGGACGACGGGCCCUCUGUGUCGAGGGCUAAGUUCGUCUGCGAGAAGUCACCCAAAGUAGAACUAUUUUCGCAACCGAUAGAAUACGUUGAAAGAACUCGGGUGUCGAAAAAUUAUUUUCUUAGUGGAGUGGAAAGUCAGAAGUAGGUAGUAGAUAACCGAGUUCCUGUCCCUCAUCAUCUUUUAGUUAUAUGUACAGCAAUGCACAGAUUGUGAGUCUGGCACAAACGAAAGCUAAACACCACACUAAAGUUCUGUCUCAUUAUGUAGCUUGAUGACAAUAAUAUGAUGUUUUACCUAUGAAUUUUAUUAUCUUACAACUUAAUAAAACGUUUGAAUUUGUAAAUGUGAGCAAUUUUACUUCACUUUUAGUGAGCGAACUCAAUGUUCGAGGGAUGUAAAUUACAUUUAAUAAUCCCGAAUGUAUCUUCUUGGAAAUUAUAUUAAAAUCGAUUCACACGAUCGAUCGAUCGAUAACGCAUCUAGUUUUUACGAAUUAGUUACCCAAUUAACCGAGAGAUGUCACUGUACUUUGGGUAGCUUCACACUGCUUAAAAAUACAUCAUCUGUGAAAAUUUCAACUCUCUAACUAUCACGGUUCAUGAGAUACAGCCUGGUGACGGACGAACGGAAGGACAGAGGAGCGAAAACAAUAGGGUGAUAGGGUCACGUUUACCCUUUGGCUACGGAACCCUUAAAAAACAGAUAGCGCAAAUAAAAAUAUUCUGAUACCUCAAAAACCAAUGCCUUUUUAUCGUCCCACUUCUGGGCACAGGCCUCCUCUCACACGGAGAAGGAUUGAGCAUUAAUCACUACACUCUUGCUCAAUGCGGGUUGGUGAUUUCAGACUAAAUAGUCCAGGUUACCUCGAGAUGUUGUCCUUCACCUUUUUAUCAGUCAUUGGUGUCUAAGAUAUACUUAGAAAGUAUACACGUAAGUACAUACAAACUUAGAACAGUUGCAUUGGUACUUGCCUGACCUGGAAUCGAACCCACACACUCAUUGAAUACAUGAGAGGUUGGUGCUUGGUGGAGAUGGAACAAAUACAAACCUGAUUCUUUUUUUGUAAGAAAUGUAUGAAAUACUUAAUCGAUAACUCAUUUCCUGAUCAUCACUUUGAAGUGUGAUACAAUCAUAUUGUUUACUUAUAUCGAUCACAAGACAGCACAUCUUUUGGCGACGAUCCAUACAUCAAUCAUUAUGAACAGAUUUGGCCAACAGGUUCUCCGAUAUUGCCGAUUAAUUAGGAAUUAAUCAGACACCAUUUUGUACUUACUUAAGCACUAAAUACGUUAUUAGUGAAGGUAUGAAAGUAAUUAUUUCGUUUGCCUUUUCCUGUUUUUAAUUUGGCAGUUGGGUAUUAUUUUUAUUGUUUUGUCUGUAAACUAAAGCGCUAGUGAUUGGUGGAUUUUGAGAAAUAUUGAUUUAACUUAGAUACUAACUUAAUUGAAGUACUAAGUAAGCAGGUACUUCUUUUGUACUGUAGAGUCAUAUUUAAACCAUCUUUUGUAUCAGAAAUACGGUACACCCGUAGUAAGAAGAUGAACUCUUUAAACAUAUUAGAUAUCUCUUUCAGAGACAUUUUUAUUUAUUUCAUACAUUCCAUUUCAUUCAGUCAUCAAAAUACAAUUCUAUAUUAAAAUCCAACAUAAAUUCAACGGUAUUUAAUUAAAAAUUGCUUAUAAUACGAAUAAAAUGAAUGAAUAAUUUUCAGGGCCUGCAAAUAUAAAAUGAAAGCCGCAAAAUCACUACAAAGUAAAUGAAAUUAUUCUGCAAACAGAAAUUAACGGUUUGAAUAAAUUAAAUUCAUUAACUUUAAUGACAGAUUCGUAUUUUAUUAGAGACAAAUGACGGCUAUAUUCGUAUUUUCUUAAUCAAUCUGAGAAUACCGGUUUUGUGCUUGCAAAUUAAUCCUACUAUCCAAUAUUAGAAAUGAGAAAGUUUGUUCAUCUCUGGGUGAAAGGUGGGACGACGAAAAAGGGCUGAUGAUGAUGAAAGUUUGUGGGUUAAGGCCUUUUCAUGUUUGGUCCACAAUCACGCUUUAUCGGCUAAAUGAAGUUGUCAAAUAUAGGGGUCAAACUUAAAACACACGAUACUUUUUAGGGUUCCGUACCCAAAGGGUAAACGGGACCCUAUUGUAUUGCUCCUCUGUCCGUCCGUCCGUCAGGCUGUAUCUCAUGAACCGUGAUAGUUAGAGAGUUGAAAUUUUCACAGAUUAUGUAUUUCUGUUGCCGCUAUAACAACAAAUACUGAAAACUAGAAUAAUAUAAAUAUUUUGGGGGACUCCCAUACAACAAACGUGAUUUUUCGUCCGUUUUAAAAAUAAUGGUACGGAACCCCUCGUGCGCGAGUCCGACUCGCACUUGGCGGAUUUUUAUCCAAGUUCGCGAACCCGUGUUCGCGAAGUAAUUCCCUCGAGACGCGGGUGAAACCGCGGGCGGACUCUAGUCAAUUAAUAAAGUGUAAUAGGUAUAACCUUCCAAUUUGACGGGCUAUUUAUAAUACCUACCUAAUUGUUCAUAUAAAUUGUAAUUGUAUAUUUGAUAGAAUUGUUCUGUAUGAUUCAGUUUUCGCGGCUAUAAAUCUUGGGUCUUAAUUUAGACAGUAAUGCCCGUUUUCACCAACAACCUCUUACCGUUUCCCUAUCUAAAUGCUACUUUUAGUAAGGAUCCCUCCCAAUUUGACACCUACCUAAAUUCAUUUUCACCACACUUGUACAUGGAUCCCUUAAAAGAAAAAGACAAGCUAGUGAAAUUGCUGACGUCUCAUAGAGACACAAUAUUAAACAAAAAACGGAUGGGACCACGAACGAAGCCAAAAACAAAGCUUGGAUCCAGUCACAAAUAGUUUUAAUGCGACAGGAACCCUUUACAGUUUCAGGUGGUGCGAGAAAUUGGAAAGACGUGUAAAAACAUGCUGCGCCCAGCCCACCUCAAAUUGAAUUGGUGCAGGAGGAUGAUGAUAAUGUUUGGUACAUCAUAUGAGGACUAAUAUUAAAAUAUUUGUUUAC